AACAAGAGAGAGAAAAUGACGAGAUGGCGCUUAUAUGGUACGAUCAAUAUAGGUCUAUGAAUAAACUUAAACGGUAUGAGGUGUAUGUGCUUCUGCGUACCCACUCGGCGCAUUUUAGAUUAUUCCAUCCACGUAAUCCAUUUUCUUUUCUCACGCCACCCCAUCACCACCACCACCGCCUCCGCCGCCGCCGCCCCCACACCCAAUGACAACCAGAACAGCUCACACUUCACCAACCCUAACCCUAACCCUAACCCUACAUCUACAGAAUCCAUCAUAAGAAGCAUAAGAAAGAAGAAAAACCACCAUGGCUACCGCUUCUUCAUCCUCUGUUCCAGAGGGGGACCCAGAGCAUGAACCUUCCUCACAAGAGCCUCAACCCUCACCCCCACCCCCAACCACACUACCCAAAAAAACUCCUCCCCUCCCAUGGUCUCACCUGGAGACCGUACACCUCAUCCAAGCAUACCAAGAGAAAUGGUACUCCCUGAAGCGCGGCCAGCUCAAGGCCAGCCAAUGGGAAGAAGUUGCACAGUCCGUCGCUGCUCGCUGCGGCUUCGACGAGCCCUCGAAGACAGCUACACAGUGCCGCCACAAGAUGGAGAAGCUCCGCAAGCGCUAUCGCUCAGAGAAAGAGCGUUCCUCCCCUUCUGCUUGGCCCUACUUCAAUCUCAUGGACCUCAUGGAACGUGGCCCCCUCCCCAUCUCUGCUCGUCCGAUCCCCUUGACUGAACAGCGCAACUCCGACUCAAGCGACGAGGAGGACGAUGAAGACAACGACGAGACUAAUAAAUCUCGAAGCAUCAAUUACAUUCUGCGUAGACCGCCAACAGGGUCUCAGACCGACAAGACGUCAUUGCCUCGAAAGUGGAAUGGUAGCAGUAGUGGAGGAGGGCUGGGGGUUUCUAGGUUUUUGAGGAAUCCCAUGUUUCGGAAGAGGCGAAUGUCGUUCGACAUUGACGAGGACGGAGGAGAACCGCUGUCGGAAUUGGCUUCAGUGGUUCGAGCAUUCGGAGAAGGGUUUGUUAGGAUAGAGAAUAUGAAGAUGGAAAUGAUGAGGGAAACAGAGAGGUAUAGGAUGGAGAUGGAAACCAAGAGGACGGAGAUGAUCCUAGAAUCCCAACGCCGCAUUGUUGAUGCCAUUGCCAAGGCCCUUGGCUCUCAGAAGAAAUCCAGGAAGAAUCAAGAAACCUGAAGGGUAUUCCCCUCUUUUCUGAAUUUCCACAUUUUUAAUGGUCUUUUAACUUUAUAUCGCUCAUGUAACGUUUUUUUUGGACAUAUAAGAAGUAACUGUUCAAUUCCUAAUUUCUCCAUUAUAUUUAACAUGUUUUGUAUAGUAAGACUGCUUGCAACACUUUUUGAAUAAUGUGACUGCUUGAAGGUGCAACAAAACAGUUAUCAAGUCCAUGUCAAUUAGUACUAUGCUAUUAUAUUUCUUUGAUGUGCCUU